UCAAAGUUGCAGGCCCAUUACAAUAACCUCACGGUAACCCGUGCAAUUGCAUGUACUGGAUCAGACCUUCCUGUUAGAAGUUUCGCGAAUAUAGAAGAGCCAGGUUACAAAUAUUGCCAAGGAAUUUAGGGCUCGGAAUCAAACUCUUUCCCCAUCUCUCUGCAACAGAGAUUGUAAUUCGCUAAUUGUCAAUAAGGUGAAAUAACAUCAAAUAUGAGGGGAAGAAGCUACAGUUAUAGUCCGUCACCUCCAAGGCAUUACAGCCGAAGAAGGCGCAGUCCCAGCCCUAGGGGCAGAUACAGAGGACGUGAUAGAGAUUUGCCAACCAGUCUUUUGGUUCGAAACCUUCACAGAGAUUGCAGGGCGGAAGAUCUGCAUGGUCCAUUUGGCCAAUUUGGUCCUGUUAAGGACGUUUACCUGCCUCGAGAUUAUUAUACAGGGGAUCCAAGAGGUUUCGGGUUUGUCCAGUACGUGGACCCAGCUGAUGCUGCGGAUGCAAAACAUCACAUGGACGGUCAAAUUCUUCUUGGUCGCGAGUUAACUGUAGUGUUUGCUGAAGAAAACAGGAAGAAACCUUCUGAAAUGAGAGCAAGGGAACGGAGGGAUCGAUCAUAUGAUUACAGGAGAUCGCCUCGAACCUAUUCUCCUAGUCCGGACUAUUCGUCUUCUCCAAGACGAAGACGACAUUACAGGUCAAUCUCGCCAAGGAACAGAAAAUAUAGCGAUCGAUCAUACUCUAGAUCACCUUAUGGAUCAAGAAGCCGCAGCAGAAGCAGAAGUUACAGCAGGAGCUUGAGCGCAAGUCCUGGCUACUCCGGGUGAAUAGUGCGUGGAAAAUGCUACUUUAAUGUUUUUACAUCUUGUGUGCCGAUGAUGUACUUUAGAUUCAGAGUGAGUAUUUUGUUAAUUUGGUAGAAAGAAUCUGUAGUGACUUACGACAUUCCUACGCCGUUAUAAUAGUUCUAUUGAACCGGUGGUUAAAUUAAGUUUUGAUCUGUCA